GGCGGCCGGCGGACAGCCCCGGCCUGCGACGCGGUGCCCGGCCGAGCACGAGGAGGACAUGUAUCGUGCUGCGGAUGAAAUAGAAAAGGAGAAAGAAUUACUUAUACAUGAAAGAGGGUCAUCAGAACCCAGAUUAAGUGUAGCUCCUGAAAUGGAUAUCAUGGACUACUGCAAAAAAGAAUGGAGGGGAAAUACGCAAAAAGCAACGUGCAUGAAAAAGGGCUACGAGGAAGUUUCUCAGAAAUUCACCUCCAUAAGGUGCGUUCGCGGUGACAACUACUGUGCACUGAGGGCUACGCUGUUCCAGGCGAUGAGCCAGCCGGCGGAGCUGCCCCUCUGGCUGCAGGACCCGGAGCUCACGCUGUUACCAGAAAAGCUAAUCAGCAGGUACAGCUGGAUCAAGCAGUGGAAACUUGGACUGAAAUUCGAUGGGAAGAGCGAGGACCUGGUUGAUAGAAUUAAGGCGUCCCUCACUCUGCUCAGGAAGAAGUGGGCAGGCUUGGCGGAAAUGAGAACUGCGGAAGCAAGGCAGAUAGCUUGUGAUGAACUGUUCACCAACGAAGAGGAGGAGUACAGCCUCUAUGAGGCUGUGAAGUUUCUAAUGCUAAACAGAGCCAUUGAACUCUAUGAUGACCAAGAGAAGGGGAAGGACGUCCCGUUUUUCUCUGUGCUCCUGUUUGCUCGGGACACAUCCAGUGACCCUGGACAGCUGCUGAGGAACCACCUGAACCAAGUGGGGCGCACUGGUGGCCUUGAGCAGGUUGAGAUGUUCCUUCUUGCCUAUGCUGUCCGUCACACCAUCCAGGUGUACCGACUCUCCAAGUACAACACUGAGGAGUUCAUCACGGUCUACCCCACUGACCCCCCAGAGGACUGGCCGGUGGUGACGCUGAUUGCCGAGGACGAUCGGCACUAUAACGUCCCCGUCAGAGUGUGUGAGGAGACGUAUCUGUGAGGGUCACACACACCCCUGGACAGCCAGUGGACAUGGCUGAGGCGCACAGGUACUUCCUCGCCUUGGGCUUCCAGCUUCAGGGUCUCUUAGAAUGAUCGAUGAGAACUCUUCCACCUCCUUUUAGAAUGACUUCUGGGACCUCAUGCACCUGUUUGAGCCAAGCUGCACUGGGAUGUUCUGAAGACUGUCUUUUAAUCUAAGAAUCCACCGAGUCUCUUCCCUCACUUGUGAUGCAGCCUGUCUCAGUGGGGGCCUUCAGAGCACACCUGUGGGAAGGGAAAACCAGCUUCUCCAUGAAACAGUGCUUUUGUAUCAGAGGAGACUCGCUUUAGAGAGGAAUGUGUUCUUUAUGUCUCAAAUCAAACUCCUUCUAAUGGUAACUGGCUUUUAAUUUUUUCUUAAGAUAGUAUUUUUUUUUUAGGUGGUAAUGGGCCUCUGUAGUGAUCUUUCUAUGUGCUCUGCUUAAGUGGUGUAGUUCUGUGCUAAUGGCACAGUCACCACCUUCCUCUGGUGUCGUCUUUUGCCUGCUGUCGGGGGAAGAGCGAUGGAUUGGUACUAACUAAGGCUGUGUUUAGCAGAUCAUCUCAUAGAAGAUUAAGAACUGGGUCCAAAAGUGGGUAAUUUGAAGGCAUUUAGGACGGCUGGAGAAGGAGCCGCAGAAGGGCAUGGCGGUGGAAAGUGGAGCGUCUUGCUCUGCGUGAACAUGACUGGUGCCUGAUGUCCCUUUACCUACUGUGGUUUGGUGCUGGGUGUCAGAGACUAUUAAUUAUUCUCAACAACCACAGAUGCAUAAUUUUAUAGUCAGAAAGGCGUUUAUAGCCAUCUGGUUUUUUAGAGGAGGAAACCAAGGCUAAAGAUUUAAGUCAGUCACCAAGUUCAGCAGUGGGAUGAGCUUAGAGCCAGGUCUUCUGUGCCCUUUUCAUGCUCUGCUUUUGAGGGCACUUCUGUUGCCACAUCCACGUAACUUUACCUGGUGGCAAGGGCUGAGUAGCAGCAAAUUGUAAUUUUUCAUGAGUAAGUAUAAGCCGAAGCACGUGCUAAAUACGAAUGCAGAAACAGUUCUAUGUUGUAGGCCCUUGGUUUGGUUUGGGAAUCCUUGUGGAGGCUGCAUCCCUGGCCAGGAACGCUUGCCUCCACAGUCACAAGCUGAGGUGGUGACAGUGGGGGGCAUGAGAGCAGGGCCUGAAGGAGGGCCUGAAUUGUUGCCUGGGUCCUGGAUAGGUUCCCAGGAGCCAGACGCGUCACCCUCAGGACUGCGUCAGCGGCGUCGGGAUCGACUCCGCGUCUGUGGAGGUGCUGCAUCCCUGAUGUCCCGAGCUGUAUUUUAUAAUAAUUAAACUCUUUAUUUGGUCCAAUUUAGUAUAGUUUAUAAGCUAUCUAAUCUGUUGUUUUUAGGUGAGGGGGGGGACUGUUUUUGAAAAUGUAGAUUUUGCUUUUACUUAAAAAUGAAAUUCUUAGUUAAGAAAACUCAGAGAAUGCACAAAACUAUGCAGACUGUUACUUUAGUUUUUCCCAUUACCUCGUCAGUACUAGUCACCACGUUUUCCUAGCUGUUUAUUGUCCAGAGUGUUGGGAGUAAAGUCUGCUCUACAGUGUGUGUGAAGACAUUGAAGAGGCUUGUUUUUUUCACUGUGAAAUACAAUGGUGCCUUGAGUAUGGAGGUACCUAGAAGCCAAAUUAAAGUAAUAAUGAUGAAUUCGUGUUGACUUUGAUGCGUCAUUUUAGUGGUCGUAAUUAUACGACGGGAAAUGCUUACCGCGUCAUGAACUUUUUUUGAAGCACGACUUGAGGCGUUCAAGUUGGAAAGGCUGUAGGGACUUGGGUCCCUCAGGCACAUUGAGUCUUGCCACCAGCUCACAGACACUGUAGGACUUUAAUGAUACUCGGGAGCACGUAGUUCUGAAUUUUGAAAAUUUCUAUUCUUAUUGAAGUUGAACUGGAUUUCCGAGCAACUUGUUUACAUUUCAUACUUUUUUCUUGUUCCUAUGUAUGAUAAUUGUUAGAAUGUGUACAGAAAUUGUGGUCUUACCCUCCACAUUGACAAAAACCCAAAAGGGUACAUUUAUUUUACAUUAACUUUCUGUCCCCAGGCCUUGUCAGACUCUGCUCUCCGACCGUUGUUCAGGCUUAGAGGGGUUACAGGAUGAGAGGAGCAAAGUUUCAAGGAAAUAGAAUUGCAGGAAAUACAAGUGAUUGGCCAACUUUAAAAAUAACAUUUCUUUUUUGGAAUAUGCAACUUCAUUUGUCCAGAGUCUUAAUCCCCUUUCUCAUUCCUGGUCUUGAGCUGGUGGGGUAACAUCAUCAGAAUAGACAUUAAAUUGAGAACAGAGUAGAUUGCGGAGGAUAAUUCACUUAGAGAGCUCUCUGGAGUGAUGAGGUGUUCUAGAAGGGAAGGUGGUCAGAAUACACAGUGCUUACUUUCCAUCCCGGUGGUCCCUGCAGAGCUCAGAGGUGGUAGACCCUGAGGUACUGGCCGAAAGGGUAGUGUACUCCUUAAGGAGGCAUGACUUACCUUUGAGCUCACCUGAAGGUGCAUUUUAACCUGAAAGAAUUCCUGUAACAUGUCCCAUUGAAUGAACAUUGCUCCUUCAGAACGUUUUCUGUUCCCCUCCUCACCUGUUCGCUACUUCAGAAGCAUGCACACUGUCCAUCGCUUCCCCUCACGCACAGGGAACUAGGGCGGCAUUGGAGAACAAGAAGCUGGCCUGUGGCCUUUAACUUUGGAUCUGGGAAUUUGAUCUGGAAUGUUUGCAGUUCCUCUGCCUUCAAAUAUGCUUAUGUCAAAACGUUUUAAAUGCACAGGAUUAACCUUAUUUUCUUUAUACAGCCAUUGACACUUUUAUUCCACUAUUAUAUAUUCAGUUAAUGAUAAAAUUUUUCUUUUAAUUAAGGAAAACAGACAGUGCCUUUGUAUCCUUUCAUUGUUCUUUUCCCUCCAGUUUUAGAGCUUAUCAGGUAAAAUCUCGGCCACGUGAAUUUAACACCUCUGUUGGAAGAAAUGACAUUGUGAGUUUUUUUUAUGUGGGUGGUCUUGGUUUUUUUUUUAAGGGCUCUGUGUUUUGUGCCCCCCUCCUCCCCACAACCCACAAGGUGCUAAUUUUACAUUGAGUUAGUCCACUGUGUGAAGAUUUUCCAGGUAUGACUGAAGUGCUCCAUGGCCUCUGACGCUCCGCCUACCACCUCAGCUUCUCCCUAGGACUUACUGAGACUUCCUGGUUGUAUCUUCUUUGGAUGUAAAAUAAGGUUUGAUCCUUUCCCUCUGUCUUUUUCUUAAGAAAUACUUUGCAGGUACUCCCUUUUGAAAGCCAGAAAGUAUUUUCAGAAGAGAAACCACUGGGGACUCUUCUUUAUUUAAGAUCUGUGGCUACAUAAAAAAUACUUGUGUGUGUGAAAUGAAUCUGAAAUGUGUGUGAAAUGUAUGAAUCCCCAAAUAGUUUAGCUAAGGCUGGGCACAACACCAAGUAAUUUAAAAAUAAUCCAGAACUGUAAGAAGUGGUGAACAGAGGAAGAAGGAACUGACGUUAGAUCUAAGUUAAAAACGCCACUGGAAAACCAAAUAACAGAUGUCCAACAGACGUCGGUGCUUCAGGUUAUAAAGGAAUGAACAUCUUAUCGUGUGUAUUCUGCAAAUUCAUAUUUCUACAGUUCCGUCCUCUCUUUAACAGAAUGAUAUUUAAUGCUGAACUGUUCGGAAAACCUCAUUCGUGAUCCCUUCUCCGGUGGAGAGAGCAGGGAAUCAGCUGGCUGAGUUGUGCGGUAGUUUAGUGAAUGUUGGAGUAGAGACAGAAAGCUGAUUAUUAAUGUUUGCCUCAUUCAGCUUCUAACUUGGAGUCAUGAAAAAAACAAAACGGGUUCAGCUGCCUGCCACCUUGGCCUUUUCCUGGAAGCCAGGAGCGCUAAGGGUGAGGUGUGCAUGGCCGUGACUAGGGACUGUGGGCUGUAUGUGUGCCCGUGUGUGUGUGCCCGCGUGUGUGUGCCUGCAUGUGUGUGUGCCUGCAUGUGUGCUCACAUGUGAAUGUCCCCGUGCUUUUCUGCAGACACUUCAUAACUUCCUCAAUGUGCCCACGGCCCAGCAACAUCCUGGGAUGGAGGCGCGCUGUCCCAUUUGGUUGUAUUUUUUCAUGAUGAAUUGAAAUUUAUUACUGGGAAUGGUGGAAUGGGAUAGUAUAUAUAAAUAAAAUAUACAGGGUGGCCAUUGAGUCUGAAAACAUUAAUUGUACUGAAAUGUAACAUCAAUAAACCAUUUAUCACGUGUGUGUCUGUUACCAGACCUUAGGACCACCUGCGUAUGUCAACAUUAAACGCUCAUUAAUAGCCAGAGGGAGCUAUUGAUGGAGGAAAACAUUGACUGGAGUUUUAUCUCAGUUAACCAUAUUGAUUUCUUGGGUGUAAAUUUGGAUGAGGACUGAAGUUGCCGAAACAUGAGUAACACAAGGAGGAACGGGAAGGGACAAGGGCUUGAAAUAGCCACAGUCUUAGAAUUUGCCUUCCUGGGAAAUGGGGGUGGGGAAGGGUUGACCUUAAUUCUGAACUUCCAAAUAAUUUUUUGUACUUAAUUUUAGGGGCCUUCAUUGUGAUAAUUGAAAACUACCUUGAUCUAGUUUCACUUAAAUGGUGCUAAAAAUAUGGUACAUGUAUUCCUUUUAGGACUCCCUGGCGGUUCAAACAGGUAGCAUGCUCAGGUGCUAACCAAGAGCCUGAGUCUACCCAGAGGGGCCUCGGAAGAGAGGCCUGGUGGUCUGCUUCCAAAAAAUCAUCCAUUGGAAACCCUGUGGCGACAGUGCUCCUCUGACCCACGUGGGGUGGCCUCGGUCAGAAUCGGCUCGAUGGCUUCCGGAUUUUUAGUUUAUUCCUUUUUAGGAAUUGCCACAGUCCACAGUGGUGUUCACUUCGGAGUAUGUCGGUCUGAGAACAAAGCCAGAAUGGAUGUAUUUCGUGAGCGCCUUUCUCAUUUGUACUCUUUGUAACAAUGUUUUGGUAUUGUACCUGCAUCUUAGCCCAUUUCUGUGCUGUGAAUUGGGAGAGAACAGCAACCUAAUUUCGAAACCUUUGCCAUGGAGAUUUUGUCUGUCUUCCCUGAGGGGUCGGGCUGUGGAGGGAGAGCAUGCGGGGACAUGCUGUGUGACCCAGCUGGCUUAGUUAGCAGCAUCUACUCUGUUUGCACUGUAAAACGUCAGCAUUUGUCAGAAACUCCGCCUGCCCUGGAAAGCACGCCCUGAGGCUCUGGCCAGUUUGAGGCCUUGCUUUCUACCUGCAGCCAAGGCCUGGUGCCUGGCUCCUGGGGGCCUGUGCUCCCCUGCACUUGUUGAGUCUCCUGUCUUCCUUGUCAGAGGCCGAGCCGGCUCCAGGGCUUCGCUGCUGAUUCCCUUUAGAAACCCAGCUGCUGAGGAUUAUAAAAAUAACUGAAAAUAAACUCAGAAGCCUAUCUGUGAUUAAAUGCCUGCAUUUCAGGACUUUGGUAGAUUUGAGGGCAAUGCUUCAACUUGGCAGCACCCCCAAGACAAGCCCAUGACGUCCAACGGCUGACUCCACCACCACCCAUUUUGAACUGAGAAGGAUCUGGGGGGCAGUGCUGUAGACU